AUGCCUUUGAAAUCAACGAUGAGCGUAGCUUUCGAUCACUUUACCCGAAAGCUUUUCACGAGAUUUUUCAUCUUCGACGCUGUGGGAACAGUAUUCUUCGAUUUCUUCUUUCCUUUGCCUUUGGUGCUCUUGAUAAGCGUCGUUGGCUUGAGAAAGUUUGGUACGAUGAACUCCCAGUUACGGAAACAUGACGCAGAGCUCGAACGCUUCAUCUUGUCAUCGACCGGAACGAUCUACCGAAAGAAUGUCGAAUACUCGGUCUUGCAAACCUGCAUCGGAGAAUGGUGUUUGGCAUUAGAGGCUGAAUGCGAAGUAGCUGAGGAAUCGGGUCGAGCAGAUGAUCGGAGAUAUCUUGCAUAG